GAGCGGCACACCACUAGCGGGGAAGUCGCCAGUGGAAGAGCUGGCAAAGACGGAAAAGAGGGAAAGAUAUACAGGAGAUACGGACGUAGACAAGGAAACAGAGCCUGAAAACCAGGGAGACACCCCUUAAACACAGCUCUGAAUCCUAUCUGUGAGUCUGUAACGCUUUAAGGCGCCACUUUAAUGGGUGACAGCAGCAGGGAAACUGGAGAAGAGCUGUGACUGGCCUUUUUUUCCCUUCUUCUUUCACUACGAGGGGGUCAACACAGCCGCAUUGAUCCCAUCAUCCCAGGCUUUGUGGAUCGACUCGCUGUCUUUAUCUAAAGAGAUCAGCCUGUUGAUUGCUACUUCACAACAAAGCUUAUGGAUUACAGAGGGUGUUGGAAAGGCAUUGAUCACAGCUCUGUAGACACUGAGAACUGAGCUUCAGUUACUGCCUUCUGUUUUUACCUUUCAGUUUGAGUGGGACUUGUGUCGGCCUCCACCUUUCCAACCUUGCAUAUAGAAACCAGCUGUCCCUCUGUCACCAUGUACGGUAGCUCCAGGUCCGUCUCCAAGCUGGACGUUGUGGGAUCCAACGGUAGCAGCUCUGGGAGUCCUGGCCGCUCGCCACGCCUCCCUCGCUCCCCUCGUUUGGGACACCGGCGGGACAACAGCAACAGCUCCAGCGGAGGACUGACAGGCACGGGGAAAACUCUGUCCAUGGAGAAUAUUCAGUCUCUGAACGCUGCCUACGCCACCGGGGGACCCAUGUACUUCACCGACACAGCUGAAGAUCCGGUCGGGAGCAUGGGCAGCGGGCUGAAUCCUGGCACACCUAAAAGCACCAUGACUCUGGGCAGAGCGGGGGCCAGGCUGCCCUAUGGGGUGAGGGCAGCGGUGAUGGGGAGCAGCCCGAACAUAAACACAGGUGGAGGAGCAGGGAGCAGUGGGGCCAUCAUGCCCACUGACGCCAUAGCUUUCGGGGGGGAACUGCAAAACCAGCCUCAACAGGCAGCUACUGUUCCUCACUCUAUGAGACAGGUAGGACACUGCCGAGAUUUCACAGUUUAAACCUUCAAUCAGAUU